AUGAUCCAUCUUGUCCAACAUCCUCCUAGAGUGAGGAUACCGUUUUCUUCAGAGAGGGAUAAUGAAGAACUUCAGAACAGACAGGCAUGUACACUAGAAUGUGAAGGAAAGCUACCUUCUGCCAAAGCCUGGGAGACCUGCAAGGAGCUCCUGCAACUGGCAAAGCUGGAUCUUUCUGAAGAUGCCAACAUUGCUCCAGGAGACAAGAAGGAGCUGGAUGAGAACCUUUUGCUUGCCAAGAAGUAUGGAGGCUUCAUGAAAAGAUACGGAGGGUUCAUGAAGAAAAUGGAUGAGCUGUAUCGGGUAGAACCAGAGGAUGAAGCUAAUGGAGGAGAAAUCCUGGCUAAGAGGUAUGGAGGGUUUAUGAAGAAAGACUCGGAUGACGAAGCCCUUGCUAAUUCCUCUGAUCUGCUGAAGGAGCUUCUAGGAACAGGAGACAACCCUGAAGUGGGGCAUUACCGAGAGAUAAACGAAAACGACGGUGAUGUCAGCAAACGAUACGGAGGCUUCAUGAGAAGCAUAAAGCGCAGCCCUGAAUUGGAAGGUGAAGCCAAAGAGCUGCAAAAGAGAUAUGGUGGCUUUAUGAGAAGAGUAGGCAGGCCAGAAUGGUGGCUGGAUUACCAGAAACGAUACGGUGGGUUUCUUAAGCGCUUCGCCGACUCCAUCCUCCCUUCAGAAGAAGAUGGGGAAACUUAUUCCAAAGAGGUCCCAGAGAUGGAAAAGAGAUACGGUGGAUUUAUGAGAUUUUAAUACCUUUCCCUUUAUCCUUUUUUGUCCUAAAUGAGAAAGACUGCCUUAUUGGUCAUAACUUAUUGUAACGUGUUGCUUGUACUGUACAGUUUUUUACUGUCUUUGGUUAAUGAUGAAACCUGCAAUUUGUUGUUUCAAGUUCUGUGUUCUUUCAAGUCAAAUAACUACUUUCUGGUUUAGUCAAGUUUCAGCCUGUAUUGUAGUUCCCAUGCUAGAACUAUUUUGAUUAAUGUAUUACUUUUCUUUAAAGAGGAAGUACAUCUACCGUAGAGUUGCUUAACUGUAUAUACAAUAAAUUCUUCAUCCUAACUGCA